AUGAAGAAAAUUUCGAAGAAAUUGAAAGGGUAUUCCCAAUAUGAAUCCAUGAAGAUGGAUUUGCAAAAUGCAGUGUAUGACACAUUCACAAAAGAUGAAUUCGAGAUGAAAUGGAAAGACAUGAUUGCAAAAUUCAAUCUUUAUGAGAAUCAAUGGUUGGGGGUGUUAUAUGAUAAGCGACAUCAAUGGGUUCCUGUUUAUGUCAAAGAUAUUUUUUGGGCUGGCAUGUCAACACACAACGAAAUGAGAGUAGAGAAAGAGAAGAAAGCUGACUUCAAGUCUCGACACAAAGUCUUUGAUUACCUAACUGUGUAUGGUUUUGAGAAGCAAUUUCAGGAUGCCUACACCAAGGUAAAAUUCAAAGAAGUUCAAGCAGAGAUGAAGAGACUAGUUUAUUGUCAGUCAUUUCUUGUCAAAGAAGAGGGUUCAAUUUGUACAUAUUUUGUAAAGGAAGCUAUGGUAGUUUUUGGGAAGAUGAAGCAUGUGGACUUUGUUAUCUAUUAUAAUUCCACCGAAUAUGAUGUGCAAUGUAUGUGCUGGUUGUUUGAAUUUAGGGGCAUCAUGUGUGCUCACUCACUGGUUAUACUCAUUGCAAGAUACAUAAAUGAGGUCCCAAAUAAAUACAUUCUACCACGAUGGCGAAAAGAUUUGGAUAGAGGAUACACAUGUAUAAAAACCAUAUACACUGGCUUUGGGGAUGAUUUCAAUGCAAAGGUGUAUGAAAAAAUGAACAGAAAAUUGGCUGGCAUUGUACAAUUUGUUGGGAACUGUGAAGGGAAAAUAAAACUUAUCGACCGUGGAUUGGAUGAAAUCAAGGCAAAAGUGAUGAAAGACGAUGAAAGUGAUGGGAGUAAUGUAGCACCUUCGACUAGUAAUGUACCACCUAUUACUAGUAAUGUACCAUCUUCCCCGAUUGCCAGCAUUAAUAGAAAGGCAAUCAGUCAUACCAAGUUGCUUAGUCCUUUGGUUGCUCGGCGAAAAGGUCGUCCAGUUACUAAAAGAAAGGUCGCCAAAGGUACUAAGGUGCUUGGAGGUAAAGGUGAAGGUCAAUCUCAACCUGAACGUAGUGUACGUAGAGAGCUUUAUCCUUAUGUGGUUGGCAUGGCAAGUGUGGACAUUAUGAGCAAACAAAGUUUCAUAAAUCUCCCAACUCAGAUUUAUGGAGUUGGCACAUCGCUUACUCCGUUAGACUGUAUUGGAGGCACACCGGGAUUUAUGAGAACUCAACAAUCCAUGACUGCUACGCAUCAAAUUUAUGGAGCCGUACCAUCUUCAUUUGUUGACUUCAAUGUACAAAUGAACCACAAUGACCGUGGCGGUAGUUUUCGUUAG